CCGAGCAAGAGUGCCCCGGCGGCCAUGAUCCCCUGGGUGCUGCUGGCCUGUGCCCUCCCCUGCGCCGCCGACCCGCUGCUCGGCCCCUUCGCCCGCAGAGACUUCCAGAAGGGCGCCCCUCAACUCGUCUGCAGCCUCCCCGGCCCUCAGGGGCCCCCCGGCCCCCCGGGAGCGCCAGGGCCCUCGGGCACGGUGGGAAGAAUGGGCGUUCCUGGUAAAGACGGGCAGGACGGGCAGGACGGGCUCCGCGGGGACAGCGGAGAGGAAGGUCCUCCAGGCCGCACCGGUAACCGCGGGAAGCAAGGCCCAAAGGGCAAAGCCGGGGCCAUUGGCCGGGCCGGGCCUCGAGGCCCCAAGGGGGUCCCCGGAGCCCCCGGGAAGCACGGCACGCCGGGCAAGAAGGGGCCCAAGGGCAGGAAGGGCGAGCCGGGCCUGCCGGGCCCCUGCGGCUGCAGCAGCGGCCGGGCCAAGUCGGCCUUCUCGGUGGCGGUGACCAAGAGCUACCCCCGGGAGCGGCUGCCCAUCAAGUUUGACAAGAUCCUGAUGAACGAGGGGGGCCACUACAACGCCUCGAGCGGCAAGUUCGUGUGCGGGGUGCCGGGCGUGUACUACUUCACCUACGACAUCACGCUGGCCAACAAGCACCUGGCCAUCGGCCUGGUGCACAACGGCCAGUACCGCAUCCGGACCUUCGACGCCAACACCGGCAACCACGACAUCGCCUCGGGCUCCACCGUCCUGGCCCUGAAGCAGGGCGACGAGGUCUGGCUGCAGAUCUUCUACUCGGAGCAAAAUGGCCUCUUCUACGACCCUUACUGGACGGACAGCCUCUUCACCGGCUUCCUCAUCUACGCCGACCAGGGCGACCCCAACGAAGUCUAGCCCCGGCCCCCCCCCCCCCCCCCGCCGGCCUCCUCUGCUCGGGCUCGCUGCCUCUGAUUUUCUUUUUUUAUCGUCUAGCAUUAAAACCAGGCUUUUUUGAUUCA